CUUUUAUUUUCACUUUUUGGGCAGAGUUUUAAUUACUGUCCCCCUUUUUAUUAAAGAAAAAAAGUUAAAUCUUUUACUUUUGCCUCCUAUGGGAACUUAAUAUAUCUUCAGCUCCAUUUCCAGAACAUUGAAGAUCUAAACAUUUUUGCUUCUUCCUGAGUUGAAUCCAAAGAUGGGUUUUUGUUUCUGGGUUUGUUUUAUUAGUUUGUUAAACUUCUACAGCUUGAGUUUUGUAAGUUCACAAGCUGAUGCAAGUGCUGAAGGGACUGUUUUCAUUGAUGGAAAAGCUCCGAUUGGUAGAAUAGAUGAUGAUUUCAUUUGUGCUACUUUGGAUUGGUGGCCUCCUGAGAAAUGUGAUUAUGGGACAUGCAGUUGGGGCCUUGCUGGGCUUCUCAAUCUGGAUCUUAAUAAAAACUUAUUCUUGAAUGCCGUUAAAGCUUUUUCACCAUUGAAGAUUAGGUUGGGCGGCACAUUACAAGACAAAGUCAUAUAUGACUCUGAUGACAAUCAACUACCCUGCACUUCAUUUGUCAAAAACACUUCUGAGAUGUUUGGUUUUACACAAGGAUGUUUGCCAAUGAAUAGAUGGGAUGACCUUAAUUCCUUCUUUCAAAAAGCAGGAGCUAAGGUUAUUUUUGGAUUAAAUGCACUUGCUGGUCGAACUAUAGCCUCUGAUGGUUCAGCCGUAGGUGCUUGGAACUACACCAAUGCCGAAUCUUUUAUGCAAUACACUGUUGACAAGAACUAUACCAUUCACGGUUGGGAGUUAGGAAAUGAAUUGUGCGGAAGCGGGGUUGGAACUCGGGUCUCUGCAGACCAGUAUGCGGCUGACACAGCAGCUCUGCAAAGUAUAGUGCAGAAGAUAUACCAGAAUGUUGAUUUGAAGCCGUUAAUUAUCACACCGGGAGGGUUCUAUGACUCGGAUUGGUUCACGGAAUACAUUGAUAAGACAAACAAGUCCCUCGAUGUUGUCACUCACCACAUAUACAACCUUGGACCAGGAGUUGAUGACCAUCUUGUUGAAAAGAUUCUCGAUCCAUCCAUUCUUGAGGGCGUGUCCGGAACAUUCAGUGGCCUUCAUAACAUCAUCAAGAAUUCUACAACUUCAGCAGCUGCCUGGGUGGGUGAGGCUGGAGGAGCUUACAACAGUGGCCAUAAUCUUGUCACAAAUGCAUUUGUGUUCAGUUUCUGGUAUUUAGAUCAACUCGGCAUGGCAUCCAAGUAUGAUACGAAAACGUAUUGCAGACAGUCACUGGUUGGUGGAAAUUAUGGUUUACUAAACACCACCAACUUUGAACCAAAUCCAGACUACUACAGUGCACUUCUUUGGCACCGGCUAAUGGGAAGAAAUGUUCUUUCGACAAGCUUCACCGGGACAGACAAGAUCCGCUCCUACACUCACUGUGCAAAACAAUCAAAAGGCAUCACACUACUUUUGAUCAACCUCAACAAUAGCACUACCGUCCAGGCAAAACUCGCAUUCAAUAGUACAAUGAGCUUGCGACACAAGCACCGGUCUCGGAUUUCACACAAUAAGCAUAGAAUUCAUAAAACGACAAUUAUCAAGCUGCCUCAAGGCAUUGAUGGUAAAAUAAGAAGAGAGGAAUACCAUCUAACAGCAAAAGAUGGGAAUUUACAGAGUCAAAGCAUGCUACUUAAUGGAAACAUUUUAAGUGUAAGUUCAUCUGGGAUCAUACCUCAUCUGGAGCCUUUACAUGUAAAAUCAGCAAAGCCAAUAAUGGUUGCUCCUUUAUCCAUUGUGUUCACUCACAUGCCUGAUGUUACUGUCCCUGCUUGCAAGGUACAGCCCUAGAGCUACAAGGAACUAAAAAUGGUUCCUUUUAGUGAUUGAUCAAAUAAGAAAUAGAAUAUAUUACAAACAUUUCAUUCUUUUUUUUCCCCAUAGUGAAGAAUAUAAUGUAACACACCUUUUUUGGAUAUGAAUAUGUGAAAUUUUAGAAAA